CACUAACCUCGCUCGUCGUCUGCCACCCAUCCAUCGUGAACCGCACAGCGACCCAUUUCUCGAACGCUAAGUUCCGGACGCGGAUGAGACCGUGGAGGGUGCUGGUGGAGGGAUCGAGGUCUAGGGAUUCUAUGGUUAUGUCUGGGCCGGUUCCGGUUCCGGUUCCACUCCCACUCCCUGCUGCAGCACCAUCGACGGGAGGGGCGAGGGGGAUGUCGACUUUGCGGAGGACUAGACGCGUCUCUUCCCGCUCCCUCCCUGCCCCUGUACCACCUCGCCUGCCUCGCUCCCCCCCACCCCCGAACACCAUCCAAGGCCACUCCCCCUCCGUCCCACUCGCACUCGUAUCGCCAUCCCCAUCCCCAUCGGCCGUAGGACUUCCAUCCCGAGAUACGGCCAAAGGUUUCUGAGCGGCGAGGAAGUGCUUGACUUGUUCGAGUUGGGUGGGGAAAUGCACUGAGAGGCGGGAGCUUCGAGUUGAGGCGGUGGGAGUGGGGGGUUCGCUUGCGCUUAGUGCUGAUGCUGAGGAGAAUGUGGAGGAGGUGGGAUCGAGUAGGGAGGAAGGGGUGGAGAGACUGGAGGGAAGACCUUCCGUGUUCGUGCUCAAUAGCGCAGAUUCGGAUCCGGGCAGUUGAAGCGAGGAUGGGAGGCCCGUGAUGACAUGUAACGAACCCCUCGUGUUCGUGUUCGUGUUCGAAGAAGAGGAGGAACGUCGGGAUUUGAGCGAACUUUUCACGAGUUCGCCGGAUUUCUUGCGGAUGUAGGAUGUGGGAGUCGUUGGGGUGCCGGGGGUCGAGUAUGAGUACGAGCUUGAGUGCGAGUAUGAGUGCGAGUGAGAGUGAGAGUAGGAGUGCGAAUGUGAAUGUGUAUGUGAAUGGGUCACGGAAGGGGAAGGUGACGAGGGAGCGUUGGCCCCACGGAAUUCAACCGCGUUCGCGAACUGUCCGUGCCCGUGUCCUGGUGCGGAAUGAUGAUGCCCAUGUCCAUGUCCGUGUAUCCCAGGCGUGGACCCCGCAUGGGACGUACUAAACGUCGCGGAAGACGCAGACGCAGGUGUGCUGGGCAGAGUGGGAAACGCGACCUUUCCUUGUUCUCGCGCGCCAGUCUGCUCUCGCUCUCCACCUCGCCCCUCGUCCCCCCGGCCCUCAUUCCCAUUCCCAUUCCCAUUCUCAAUCUCACUAGGCUCGGAAGGCGUCCGCUCCUUAAAACUCAAUCUCAACCCAAGCCCUUUACCCGCCGACCUUCCUAUCCCCGUCGUCGAGGGCACAGGCGAGGGCGAUGCGUGUUCUCGCUGUAUGGGGUGCUGGGUGUCCUUUGCUCGCCCCGUUGGGCUAUUCGGUGUAGUGUUAUUGCUCGCGGCAGGGGUGGGUUUAGGCGUAUGUGUGGGCGUAGGCGUAGGCGUCUCCGUCUCCUCCCCGUCCGACGCUCCCACUUCCAACUCCCCACCCCGAAACUCCCCACCCCGCCCCCGGCCAGACGCAGCCCUCGCCCUCGUCAUCUCAUUCCCCGACCCCGAUCCUGACCCGGACUCCGACGUAGAAUCAGACGAAGAGUCGACCCCGAUCUCGAAGUGCGUUUUCGGGUUCGGGUUUUGGUUCGGAUUCGGGUUUGGGUUCGACGUUGACGUUGACGUUAACGGAGGAUUGGAGGUGGUAGACGUGGUAGAGGAAGGGAAGGUGGUAGACGUGGGCGGAAACGUAGGCCCCGGGAGCGAGGGUUCGGAAGAGAACGCAGAAGAGGUGGGUGGAGUGGGGGGUACGAUCGUGAUUGUCGUGUUCGUGUUCGUGUUUGUGUUUGUCGACGCACCCAAACCCAUCGACGGAGAAGAUGAGCCCGAGUGCGAAGGCGUCCCCAUAGGUCCUUGAUUGCCACUACCAUUCCCGUUCCCAUUCCCUUUGCCGUUCCCGCUAGCAUCGCUGUUACCACCGCCCCCGCCCCCGCCCCCACCCCCGCCCCCACCACCCCCACCGCUCAUCGACCCCCUCCUCGACAACGACCCACCCCCACCCCCACCCCCAUUACUCCCAUUCGAAUACGUCCUUCCAUGUGUCCGUCUCGGUAUGAGCGGGAGUGCUGCUGUUGAUGAGUUCGAGUUCGUGUUCGUGUUCGUAUUUAACGAGUACGGGUUCGAGUGGGGAUUGGGAUUGGAGUUGGAGUUGGAGGUGGAGGUGGAGUGAUACGAAGAAGAUGAUCGAGAGGAGGGCGGGGAGGGUCUCUUUGGGUUUGGAUUCGUGUUCGUGGAGGUGGAGGUGGAGGUGGAGGUGUUGGGGAAGUGCAAUGUGGAUGUCAUGUUUUCGCCGUGGAUGUAGGAGACUCGGAGACUCGGAAGUGCGACUCUUGACGCUCGAGAACGUAGUAGUAGACCGUAGAAACUAUACCGAACUGAGCCGGACUAGAUAGAGUGGACACAAACACCGAUGCGCUCGAACAAAGAUCUGCGACGUCGACGCGGAGGAGGACUUAUUACUGUACUGACAACGACAAGUUUCACACUUCACACUUCACACUGCUAAUUGCGGGACGCCCAAGAUUCUAUACACGGAAGAUUGAUGAUAUGCCAAGCCAAGCCGGAAUUAAAAACGAAGACGCAGACACAGACGAAGACGAAGACGGAGGAGGUUUCGGGGGAUGAGCGCUCCGGAAGGAUAGGAGAGUUUAACGCUGUGUGGUCUGGGUUGUGUAGCAAGUGAGGAGGAAAGACGAAGUAGAUAGAUAAGGGGAGGACGGGGAUGUGGAUGUGGUGGAGGUGAACCAAGAGGACGUCGCACGUCCGAGGGUAGCGAGUGUUCGCGAGGAAUAGAGUUCUAGUACUCCAAUACAGACCGAGUGGUUCUUCUCUUCUUCUCUCUUCUCAACGUGGAGAAUCAGGAAAACGCUCGUCGACGAUGGGGGUGUGAGAGUAAGAGAGUUCACAGAUCUGGUCAGGAGAAAGACGCCGGGGCGACUGGUCGCGCGGGCGGGAUUAUGGCCUGGAGGUUGUGGAGCUCUGCGUACGUGCGUGCGAGCAAUAUGGCGCCAAGUGUGGAAGGUGGAAGGAAACGGUGGGCGGUCGAGACUCUCGUCGGCGUCGUACGGCGUUCUGUAGGAAAGAGUUGUUUGGGAAUUGAUGGAUAGAUAUAUAACGUUCCCCUCCUG